AUGGACCAAACAGAAGUCAAUUACAAUAAUGGCCAUGAGGUAGAUGAAGGGAUACGCCCUGAGCUGAUUUUUGAUUCAAGUGGGUAUUAUAGAUCCACGAUUACAGCUAUUCCAGAUAAGGAUGGCGCUCUGAAAGUGUCUGGAAUUCCAUUUGUUGUGAGCGUCAACCUAGAGAAUUAUGAGAAUGAAAAUGUUCCUUUAUGUGAUGGAGAGAUCGUGCGAUGUGAGUAUUGCAAGUCGUACUUGAAUCCAUUUGCUGAAAUUAUUCCACCAGGACUGAAGUGGAAGUGCAAUAUUUGUUUAAAAACGAACGAUUUGGCUAUGGCGUUCCAGGUAACAAGCAGAAGCUCAUCAGCGGGCGGAAGCAUGUUUGAUCCACGUGCUAAUGCAGUAUGCAAUCGAGACUAUUCAGGCAGGAUUGAAUUGAGAAGCAUGGUGUAUGAGUUGGAAGCGCCACCAAAUUACUCACUGAAGACGCCGUCACCGCCAUUGAUAUGUUUUUUGAUAGAGGCCACGUUUGAGUGUAUGAAGUACAGGACGAUUGACUCAAUUGUGAGGAGCAUUAUUGAUGGAUUGAAUCCGGGGUCAUUUGAUGCGAGAGCAAAGAUGAUGUUUAUGUUUUUUGACUCUUCGGUGUAUCUUCUGAGGCAAGAUGGGGACUUCACAAUUAUUUCAGAUGCAUCUUUUAUUCCAUUCUUUGUUGAUGAUGAGUUUCUGUUUCCACUAGGACAUUCGGUAGAUGCAUCAAAGCUGAAUGCAUUUUUCUCAAGUAACAAGUCGACCAGAAAUAACUACGGAGAUGCGAUUAGAAUAGCAGAAAGUAUUAUUGGGCCGAAUGGCGGAUGCAUAGUUUCGUUUGUGACGACGCAUCCUAAUAUGGGGCCUGGUGUUGUCGAACCGUCUCAAAGUGGAUUAAGGUGCAGGUCUGUGUUCUACAAGGAGAUGGCUGCUCUGCUGGCAAAGAAGUCAAUUUCAAUGACGCAGUUUUUAUUUCCUCGUCUAGGGAUCGAUCUUCCGACGCUGAGUGUGCUUAGCAAAUACACAGGAGGGAUGCUUUAUUAUUAUCCAAACUUUGAUGGCGCAGAUCCUAUAUUUGUUACAAAGCUUGCAAACGAUCUGGCAGCUCAUCUUGAUCUUGAUAUUGGGAUGUAUGGAAUGUGCAGGAUCCGGGCAAACUCGUCUGUGUUUAUCAAGGAGUACUUUGGGUCUUUGCACCAUAGAUCGGCAGAUUUGCUUUCAUUUUCAACUUUUUUCCCUCCGCAUACCUUUAGCUUUGAGGCUGAGUUAGUCAAGGAAGAUGGAUCAAAGGGUGUGUGUUUCCAGGUUGCGAUUCUUAGGACACUUAGAACUGGAGAGAGACGAAUUAGGGUGGUUAACUUCUACAUUGAUAGGACACUGGCUUCUAUCUAUACGAUUGUGGACUGCUGUGCAAUAGCACAUGCAUUUGGAAUGAAGGCGUUUUUCUUUGAGUCUAAGGAAAGAGGAGGGGGAAUUGAGUAUUUGAACAAGUGUAUAAGGGAGAUAGUGAAGGCAUAUAAACAGCAUUCGAACACAACAGCGAUGUUACCACAGUCUCUUGAGAUGCUACCCAUGCUUGUUCUGUCCUUGUGUAAGUCGAUUCCAUUAAGACCUGCAUCAUACACGCCUGUAGAUUAUAAGUCCUAUUACACAUAUCUGAUCAGCAACUCGUAUCCAAAGCUUGUGGAUGUGAUAAUAUAUCCUACGCUUAUUGCAUUGCACAGGCUUGAUGUGCUGCAGCCAUUGAAUCUUACACUCAACUGCCUAGAAACUAACGGGCUGUAUCUUCUGGACACAGGAGUCACAAUAUUCUUCUUUGUUGCCAGAGAUUGCGAUCCGUCGCUUCCAGAGCUGCUUUUUGAUCCAUCGAUGGGAUCUGAAAGAUUUAUCUUUGAUCCUGAGCGGAAUGAGUUCAGUGAUGCAGUUAGUGAGAUAGUCCGCAGUUUGAGGAGCAAUAGGUACCUUACGCCUAGUUAUGUGCUUGUGAGGGAUGAUGGAAAAAGCAGCAUAUACAAGGAUAUAUUCUUCACGUAUUUUGUAGAGGAUGAGCUAUAUGGGCUUCCGUCGUAUGCUAAGUUUUUGGAGAUGUUGAAGAGUCAAUAA